CAAUUGGCAUUCGCAGUGGCAAUAUCUACAAAAGAAAAAAAAAGAAAUUUUUAAUUAAACGUCAAAAAAGAAGAAAAAAGACACAAAGGACUUAUUAAGAUAUGGCUAGAGGAGACAAAGGUGGUCCAGCAGCGAAAUUCGAGGGAAUACGCGCAGGAACAACUAUCCUGAAGGAGGAUCCCUUUGCGUGCAUCCUCUAUAGCAGAUAUCGUAAAGUCCGAUGUGAUCAUUGUUUCAAAAAGGGAAACAUCAAAUUAUGCUUGGGAUGUCGUUUCGUGGGAUAUUGCAGCAAUUCUUGCCAAUCCUUUGGAUGGGCCCAACAUAAAAUUGAGUGUCCUCACUUGGGCGGACUCAAGCAUCCCGAUCAAUUUCCAGAUGAGGCCCGUUUGAUUGCGAGAAUUGUCUGGCGCCUCACAAGCGGAGGUGACACAGACCGUGGCUACUAUGCCAAAGGCGAAUAUCGUACUUUUGGAGAUUUGAUGUCUCAUUUGCCAAACAUUUCAAGCGAUGUUACCCGUAUGGAACGCUUCAAUGAAAUUUAUGACGCCUUGCAACAAUUGCUAACGGAAAAAUACAUGCCAAGCUAUCCCGUUGUCUUGCACAUUUAUGGACAAAUCUGUGUCAACUCCUACCACAUCGUUGAUGAGGAUAUGGCAAAUGCUGGUCAAGGCAUUUACCUUGCCGCAUCAAUUGUUGAUCACAGUUGUGUCCCAAAUGCCGUCGCAACAUUCGAGGGAUCCCAAUUGUCGAUUACCUUGACACAAGACAUCGAAGGAACAGGCCCCGUUAACUGGAGUCAAAUUUUCAUUUCCUACGUUGACAACAUGACUCCCACGGAAUUGCGUCAGAACGAGAUUUUCGACAAAUAUUACUUUGUUUGUGCCUGCCCACGAUGCAGCGACGAAACGGAGUCCAUGAAGAUGAUUGCUGCCGAAUGCCCCAACCCAAAGUGCGACAAUAUCCUCGAUUUGAGAAAGGAUAUUUACUUGUGUCCCAUUUGCGAGAAAGAAAUUGAUCCCGAGCACAAGGACAUGUACAACUACUUGAUGGAAUUUACACCUUUGAAGUUGUAUGAAAUGGCGAUGAAUGACACUGCUUAUCUCGAUAUUUUGCAAGUAAUGGUAAAGAUGCAAAAAGGUGUAUUUUCCACAAACAACAUUUGGUAUUUGAAAACCCUUGAAGCCGCAUUUGACAGUGCAACAAUUAUGGAACGGUAUGACCAAGCCAUUGAAUACGGAAAGGCAUUAAUUCCCGGAUAUGAAAACUACUACGGAACAAUUCAUCCAUCAACUGCCAUCAUUCAAAUGAAGGUCGGCAAACUGCUAGCUGAUCAAGAACGCAAUUUGGAGGCUUAUGGAUGUUUGAGAAGUGCCGCCGAUAUUUUGGAAAUUACCCAUGGAACGGAACACAGCGUAUAUAUCAACUUGGUUGAACCGUCUCUCAGAAAGUUGACUGCAAUUAACGAGGAUCACAUGAAAGCAGCGAAGGCUGCUGCUGCUCGCGAAGCUGCAAACAAACCCCCUCCACCCCCAGAAGAGGAAGCCGCUUAAAAACCGCUUUUUUACUUACUCUCUUCUUAUUUUACUCAUAAGCACUGUGUAUAUGUAUCAUUAACAUUUAAUCUAUAAAUAAAUAAAUAAAAUUAUAUUUGUCUUUAAAUCAGUAAUAAAUAAAGUUUUAAUUCAA